AUGUUAUCAAGCAAUGAUACACGAAUUUUGAAAUUUCUUCUUCAGGGAUUUUCAGAGGAACCAGAACUGCAGCCUCUCAUAUUUGGCUUCUUCCUCUCCAUGUAUCUGAUCACUGUGUUUGGAAACCUGCUCAUCAUCCUGGCCGUCAGCUCAGACUCCCGCCUCCACACACCCAUGUACUUCUUCCUCUGCAACCUGUCCUUGGUGGACAUCUGUUUCACCUCCAGCACCGUCCCAAAGAUGCUGGUGAACAUCCAGACUCAGAGCAAAGUUAUCACCUAUAAAGGCUGCAUCGCACAAAUGUAUUUUUCCACAUUCUUUGGUUUGUUGGAUGACUUCCUCCUGACUGUGAUGGCCUAUGACCGCUUUGUAGCCAUCUGUCAUCCCCUGCACUACACGGUUAUCAUGAACCCCAGGUUCUGUGGACUGCUGCUUCUGAUGUCCUGGAUCAUUGGUGCCCUGAGUACCCUAUUACACAGUUUAUUGGUGUUGAGGCUGUCCUUCAGCACAGACGUAGAAAUUCCCCAAUAUUUCUGUGAAAUUAAUCAGGUAAUCAAACUUGCCUGUUCUGACACUUUUCUUAAUGACAUAGUGAUGUAUGUUGGAACUGUGCUGCUGGGUGGUGGUCCUUUGGCUGGGAUCCUUUACUCUUACUGUAAGAUCGCUUCCUCCAUAUGCAGAAUCUCAUCAGCUCAAGGGAAGUAUAAAGCAUUUUCUACCUGUGUGUCUCACCUCUCAGUUGUCUCUUUAUUUUACUUUACAGUACUAGGAGUGUACUUCAGCUCUGCUGCUACUCACAACUCACAAUCAAGUGCAAUAGCCUCAGUGCUGUACAGCCUGGUCACACCCAUGCUGAAUCCCUUCAUCUAUAGUCUUAGGAACAAAGACAUAAAGGGGGCUCUAAAAAAAUUCUUUGGAAUGGCAGGAAUAAGAAUAAUAAAAUAG